UUAUACCGAUUACAAGACGAAAAUUUACACAACUGUCAACAAUAACUGAAGAGGCUGUAAAACAUUCCAAAAUACUUAUUUCUUUUGCUUCGAUAUGUUUAUUGUGGCUGUAACUGGUGGAAUAGCUACGGGGAAAAGUACCGUCACUAAAGUCUUUGAGCGCCAAGGCAUUCCAGUUAUUGAUGCGGAUAAAAUAGCUAGGGAGAUUGUAGAACCAGGUCAGCCAUGCUGGCAGAAGAUUCGUGCCACCUUUGGUGACGAAGUAUUGCUGCCCAGCAAAGAAUUAAAUCGGGCCGUACUAGGACGAAUGAUCUUUGAGAAUAAGGAAUUGCGUGGGAAACUGAAUCAGAUUACGCAUCCCGUAAUACAUCGCACUAUCUUUUGGCGUGUAUUCAAACUAUUUAUGUCUGGUCAUGCUUGGAUCGUUCUGGACUUGCCAUUACUCUUUGAGACAGGCAUACUUAUGGAUUUUAUACACAAAAUCGUGACUGUGUCCUGUGACUCGGAAAAACAGCUGCAACGAUUGUUGGCACGCAAUGAACUGUCCGAAACGGAGGCGGUUAAUCGGAUCGAGUCGCAAAUGCCGCUAGAGAAAAAGUGUGAGAAGUCACAUUUUGUUGUUGAUAACAAUGGCAGCAUACUUGCCACGGAGGAAGCUGCCAUGCGCAUUUAUACCAUGAUGCAGGAGAGCAAACAGCAUUGGUACAAUCGCUUCUCACUUCUUGGGGCCAUCUUGAUAAUAGUCUUUGCAAUUGUUUUCCUAAGUGCAACAUUUGAUCUGUGGCCCAAGUCCUGGCGCUUUUGAAUUUUAGUACUAUGUGUGUUUGUAAUUGUGUGUUCAUUAUCAAUAUUUAUGUAUUUCUAUUUGUUUUUAUAAUGCUCACACAGUCACACAACUGUGUAAUAAAAUGCCGCAAUACCAAAGGUUUUAAAUAAAUA